UUCCCUCAGUCAAUUGUGCUCAUUUCCAGCCGCAACACUUGGCUGCCUGGAACCCAGUGGUGCCAGUUUGAGUUCCACUGGGAGGCAUGAGGCUGGGGCUGGCCAUCCUGUUACACCUCACGCUGAUAAGACCCCAGAAUACACAGCACGACUGUGAUGCCGGGUCCUGCUACCCAGCUGUUGGGAACCUCCUCUGGGGUCGCAGCAAGCAACUGACAGCCUCGUCAACCUGUGGGAUGAACAGCCCUCAGAAGUACUGUAUUGUGGGCUACCUAGAGGCUGAACAGAAGUGCUUUCUCUGUGAUUCCAGAUACCCAUAUAAUCCCUAUACCCAGCACAACAGUCACAUGAUUGAAAAUGUUAUCACAACAUUUGAGCCUGAUAGGAAAAAGAAGUGGUGGCAGUCAGAAAAUGGCAUUGACCAUGUCAGCAUUAGACUGGACCUAGAAAUAUUCCAGUUCAGCCAUCUUAUCCUGACCUUUAAGACAUUUCGGCCUGCAGCAAUGCUAGUUGAGCGCUCUACCGAUUUUGGUCAGUCCUGGAAAGUGUUUAGAUAUUUUGCACAUGAUUGUGCAGCUUCUUUUCCCAACAUCUCUUCCGGUCCAGCAAAAAGUGUGGGAGACGUCAUUUGUGAUUCAAGAUAUUCAGACAUCGAGCCCUCAACUGAAGGCGAGGUUGUUUUAAAAGCUUUGGAUCCCAGCUUUGACAUAGAAAAUCCAUAUGUGCCCUAUAUCCAAGAGCUCAUUACGUUGACAAACCUGAGGAUCAAUUUUACUAAACUCCACACCCUUGGGGAUGCUCUGCUUGGAAGAAGGCACAGUGAUCCCCUUGAGAAGUACUACUAUGCCAUCUAUGAGAUGGUUGUGCAGGGCAGCUGCUUUUGCAAUGGCCAUGCCAGCCAGUGUGAUUCCAUGCAGAAUCUGCGGGGAGAUGUUUUCCAUCAAUCGGGAUGGUGCGUCCAAGGGAGAUGUAUCUGCCACCAUAACACUGAAGGUUUGUCUUGUGAAAGAUGUAAAGAUUUCUACAAUGAUGCUCCCUGGAGACCAGCUGAAAGGACAGAAGAUAAUGCUUGCAAACGUUGUAACUGCAACGGCCACUCCAGCAGAUGCCACUUUGACAUGGCCGUGUACCAGGCCAGUGGCGGGGUCAGCGGUGGGGUUUGUGAGGACUGCCAGGACAACACCACCGGGCAACACUGUGACCAGUGCAAAGGUUUCUUUUACCAGGAUCCACUCAAAGUCAUUUCAGACCCUCAGGCGUGCCUCCCAUGUGACUGUGACCCAGAAGGUACAUUGCACAACGGCGCCUGCGAGAGUCACACAGAUCCCACUCUGGGAACGGUGGCGGGCCGGUGCCCUUGCAAGGAGAAUGUAGAGGGUGUUCGCUGCGACAAGUGCAGGGCAAACUACUAUGGGCUGAGUGGCAGUGACCCCCUGGGCUGCCAGCCCUGCAACUGUGAUCCCUCUGGCAGUUUGCCCUUCUCCAUCUGUGAUCCUGCCACAGGAGAGUGCCUGUGCCAGCGGUUCACCACAGGGCAACGCUGUGAAAAAUGCCUCGUAGGAUACUGGGGUCUUGGCAACAGCUUGAAUGGCUGUUCUCCAUGUGACUGUGAUAUUGGUGGAUCCCAGAAUAACUUGUGCUCGCCAAAGGAUGGUCAGUGCAAGUGUCUUCCCAACAUCGUGAGCCGCCAGUGCAAUGAGCCAGCUCCAGGCUAUUUUUUCUUACCCCUGGAUUAUUACAUUUAUGAAGCUGAGCAUGCAAAGCCCCUUUCUCGCUCUGCACCCUUGGUUCAGCCAAGCCCUCUUCCAAGGUGUGACAUCUACUUGCAGAAGCAAGGCUAUGAGUUCAUUAUUGAAAAUGGAAAGAUUGUGUUAAACAGGAACAAGAAACGAACUGUAAGAAAAUCUGGACUGGAACAGGGUGUGAUGCAGUUUGGACAGGACUCUGUUUCAGCGGUGGUUUUCAGGCAGCCCAGCGCUGGUCGAUCUGUGACGUGGACAGGACCUGGCUUUGCCCGUGUUCCCAGUGGAGCUGGGCUGAGAUUUGCCAUCAACAAUGUUCCCUUUGCUAUGGACUUUGAUAUCACAAUUCGUUAUGAGCCUGAGGUAUGUGAGGAGGCAGCUAAUGAAGAAUAUUUCCAGAAUAACACUGUGCUAAGAAAGGAAACAACUCCAAUGACUUUAACAGAGCUCUUUUCAUUUGAACCAGCUGAGUCCUUGGAAGAUUGGCUAGCAAGUGUUGCCAUCCAGCCUACUGGUACCCUGUCAGGUCAACGCUGCAAAAACAAGAUCCUUUCACAGGAGCCACAUGUGUUGCCUCUCCCAGCUACAAAGAGGAUUGCAAUUCUGCAAACUCCAGUCUGUCUGGAGCCGGGAAGAGAAUAUUCUGUGGAUGUGUAUUUUUCUCAGGCCUCUGCCUCUGACACAAGGGCAAAAUCAUACAUCUUGAUUGACUCACUUGGACUUAUUCCCAGAAUCAGCUCCGUGGAGAACUUAUGCAGUGAAAAGGAUUUAGAUGAGUACCAGAAGUAUCACUGCAUUGAAAUUGCAUCCGAAGUUGGACCUCACGUCCUGCCUGAAGCGUGUGCACGGCUCAUAGUGAGCAUGUCAGCCCGGAUUCACAACGGCGCCGUCGCAUGUAAGUGCAAUCCCCAGGGGUCGCUGAAUGCCAACUGCAGUAAACUGGGGGGCCGGUGUCAGUGCAAAGCCAAUGUCGUGGGACGCUGCUGUGACACCUGCUCUGCGGGCAGCUAUGGCUUCGGCUUCCAUGGCUGCUAUGCGUGCGAGUGCCACCCACAAGGCUCCCUGAGCACGCUGUGUGACCAGGUGACGGGGCAGUGCUCCUGCCGCCGGGAGGUGGAUGGCCAGCGCUGCAGCCGAUGUCUGGCUGGGUACUUCGGAUUUCCCCACUGCCGUCCUUGCCCUUGCAAUGGCAAUGCGGAGCUUUGCGACCCUCUGACCGGAGUGUGCCUGGACUGCCGUGGGUUUACGGCUGGGAGCCACUGUGAGAGGUGCAUGGAUGGCUAUUAUGGAAACCCUCUGGAAGGAGAACCCUGCCACCCAUGCAUGUGCCCAGGGGUACCUACAAGCAAUAGGUAUUUUGCACAUUCCUGUUAUCGGGACUCCCAGUCUGCACAACUAGUCUGCAAUUGUUUCGAGGGACAUGCAGGCAAUCAGUGUGACGAGUGUGCUACUGGGUUCUAUAAAAACCCAAACAGCCCUGGGCUUGACUGUGCACCAUGUCCCUGCAAUAGUAACAUUGAUUUGACAGACCCAGAGUCUUGUAACAGGGUCACAGGGGAAUGCAUCAAGUGUUUACAUAAUACCCAUGGAGCAAACUGCCAGUUCUGCAAACCAGGUUAUUUUGGCUCAGCUCUCAAUCAAAACUGUCAAAGGUGCACGUGCAAUCAGGCAGGUGUUGUCCCUGCCAUGUGCCCAGAGGGGGACGCAGCCUGCCUCUGUGACCCAGCCACAGGAGCUUGCCCUUGCCUGCCCAAUGUGGUGGGUGCCACAUGUGACCAAUGUGUCUCUGGCUACUGGGACCUGGCUAGCGGAAAAGGAUGUCAGACCUGUGGCUGUGAUCCAAAAAACUCACAAAGCAACCAGUGCAACCAGUUUACAGGCCAGUGUCCAUGUAAGCCAGGCUACAGUGGAAGACGUUGUGAUGAAUGUGAGGAAAACUACUUUGGCAAUCCCCAGACGCAUUGCAUUUUGUGUGAGUGUAACCCCGAGGGAACCCGCCAGCCCCUGUGUGACAAGGCCACCGGCGCGUGUAACUGCCGUGCUGGGGUCACCGGCCGCUUCUGCGACCAGUGCGGCCGGGGCUUUGAGAAAGACUUUCCCUCUUGCCGUCAGUGUCACCUUUGUUUUGAUCAGUGGGACACUGAAAUUGCUGCCCUUGCUCAGACUGUUCAGGGGUUGAUGAGGUUUGCUGCAAAGCUGGAAGAUAAAGGAGGACGAAUGCCCAGCUGCGACAUGCGCUUCAAAGCCUUUGAAGAUGCCAUUUCUGAAACUGAGCGAAUUUUGAGACAUCCUGUCCUUUCACUGGAGGCCUUCUCCGGCAUCAGGGAGUUUCAGGGCUACCUUCAACAAAAGGUUGCACAAAUGGAUCCCCUUCACAGUUUGUCAUAUGAGUUUCCUGACCUUAACAAGAACUUAGAAGAUAUUGGAGAAGAAGCUGACUUAGUGUAUGAACUUCUACAACAGAAAAUACAUCUGCAUCAAAGUUUUCAGUACUUGAACUUCAAAGAGGCCAUCAGCAACAUUAGGAAACACUUUGAAAUAUCAUUGCUGGCAGAACAGAGGACCAGGGGUACAACCCCUUUUCUAAGAUACUCAGAGUACACCAGGAGCCACAUGCUCGCUAUGUUGGACUAUGAGGUCUUAAAAGCAAGUAAUGUGCUGCAACAGCUCAAAAUGAUCAAAAGCCCUGACAUCCAAAACUUGAACGAAAAGAUCUGUGGUGUGCCAGGAGACCAGCCCUGUGUCACAGCAGCCUGCCGGGGAGCUUUGUGCCAGGACAGUCUUGGGCUCAGGCAGUGUGGUGGCCUAAACUGCAGUGGAGCUCUUCCUCUUUCCACUGAGGCAUUCAGGAAAGCUGAGGAGACUGCUAUAUUGCUAAAUAACUCGACUACUCAGCUGCAAGAACCUGAGAAUCAGAUUGAAAGCAUUAGAAAAAUGGCAGAAGACAGCAAACUGAAAGGCUCACAAUUAACUGGGCAACUGGAGACAGCCAGGAAUCAAAUUGAGGUUGAUGGAGAGAUCACUAAGGAUUUCAUCCAAAAAGUGAAAUACUUCUUAUUAGAUGAGAGUGCGCCUCCAGAAGACAUUGAGAAGGUGGCAAAUUACGUUCUGCAAAUAAACCUUUCCCUGACUCCACAAGAGCUCACAAGAAUGCUUGGCAAAAUCAAGAGCAUUAUGAACCACUGUGAAGAGUAUCACCUGAACAAUAAGGGAAAUGCAAAAACGGAGGAUGCUCAGACACUGCUGGUAGAGGCACAAGAAGCCGACAAAGCAGCUAAAGGUGUUCUGCCUGUGGAUGAAAUUAAUAAUAAACUGAAAAAUCUUGUGAAGUCUCAAGGACACUCCAAAAACACCAUCAUAAAGUUAAAUGAAGAGAUACAAGGCAUCAGAACGCAAAUCUCACAGGCUGAGAUCCGAGUGAACAACACAAACAAUGAACUAAAUGACUUGUCAGCCAAACAGACUGAGAUGGAAGACGAAAUUGCCACCUGGCAGGCAAAAACGCUGAGGAAUAAGAAUCAAGCUACAAAGGCAAGAGCAGAGGCAGAAGCAGCACACAAGCGAGCCCAGAAUAUUGAUAAUGAAUUUGCUGACAUUAAAAGAAAGUACACCAUUCUUCAAGAAAAGCUAAAAGCCCAAGGACCUCCAAAAGUAACACUGGAAAAAGUGAAGCAGCUGAAAGAAGAAGCAGAAAAACUGGCUGAAGAGACUGAAAAAAAGAUUAAAAGAAUAACAGAUUUGGAGAAGAAGCUUCAGGAACUGAAUCAAACCAAACAAGACAAGGCAGAGCAACUGAGACAACUAGAGGAAAAAGUGAUAGCCAUUAAAAAUGAAAUCAUGGAGCAGGAAAGCAAGUAUGCAACAUGCAAAAGUUAGGGUCUGAACAGACCAUCAGGUAAAAUGCAGCUGAAGUCUCUAUGAUUACCACCUCCUGAGUUUCCUGGUACAAGGGACUGUCCUCUGGAAUUACAUCUGAAGGAGCAUAUAGAAUUUUGUCACACUGAAUAAUGUAAUUUUCUCUUCCCUCCCCCCCCACUUGAGUUUAUAUGGAAGUAGGAAAUACAUUUUAAUAA